UACGUUAAAUGCAUGUAAACAAAACGACAAUCGACAAAUUUAUUUGACUUUUUAUCCUUGUUUGGCUUAAAAAAAGUGUUGUCAGUCUUUUUUAAUGUGUACUUAACACGUAACGUUUUAGCUGUUUGUUCAUACACCACUUUGUAGACUCGCUCUGGCGUGUCUACAAUCUCGUGACAUUUAAACACUGAAGAAUUUUCUCGUGAUUAACGCAAUGAAUGAAAAAGACUCAACAAAUUUUUCUAUUCUGGAGUGCGUUUUCACAAUUGCCGAUAUUUUUCUAUGCAAAUUGAGGCACAACUUGCGUAGUGAAUUACGCAACGCAUUCCACUCUGACCAGGUGGAACAGGAAAACCAUUGGAUUUUAUCGUAAGCUUUGGGUGGAUCUCAUAAAAUAUCUGAAAGGCCGGUAAUACGAACAUUUGGUAUUAACUACAAGAAACCAGAGUUCUCAUUAAUUACGUGCUUGAAGUCAAGAAAUCAAUCGCAAGCAGAGGCAAAAAAAGCUAAGACUAUCUUUGUGCGAGCGUGACAGCUGAUUAGCAGGAAACAGAUAACAAGCCUUUAUCACUGGUAUAUAAUUAUUGCAAUCAGCAGUGAGAAUGCGACUUGUAACUCAUGAGAAAUAUAAUCGUAACUUAUUUGUUGCAGAAAGCAUUGACGUAGAAUGGAGGGAGCAGGCACGGUUUUAAGAAACUCGUCUAUGAUGAAGAGAUACCCACAGGUAAGAUUUCUUAAGUUAUAAAUUCCGACACUCUGUAUUAAUGAUUAUUCUUUAAGUCUAUGAAGUAAAACUGGGAACUCGUUGUUGGCUAGCGUGCCCCAAACAGCGGGACAAACAAAUCUCAGUUCAUUUCAUCUCCACUGUCUUAAUUUUAGCCAAAAUCAGAUCAAACGACAAUUGUGAUUAGAUCUGUGUGGAAUUUUGAAUAAACGUAACCUUACGGGCAAAUGUUUUGCAGUUUUCCGGGUGGAAGGGAAUUCCAAACACAUGGUAUCAUGAGUUGUUUAUACAAGAACUGUUUUUACAGAAUUGUUUGAGCAUUUUCCCUGAAACCUUUUAACCUGGAAGAGAUGCACACAUUCUUUCGGUGGAAAUCUGAACAGGUAUAUAGGUUAAAAAGAAUUCUUCUUUCUCACUGUUGAAAUGCCUUUAUAUGGCGGGGAUUGGAAGAACACAAUAGAACGGUAAAUUGUGUUCGUGACCAUGGACACGCCCUUAUUAAGAAUUCAGUCAAGUCGUGACAGAGGCGGCCCGAAUGUCUUGUAUGUAUACCUAAGACACAAAGUUCCUUCAUCAUCUGAUCCUUGGUCAUCGCUAAAUCAGCAGUUGAAGAUUUUAAAGGAAAGCUGGAUAAUUGUAAGUUAUCAGAAAUAUGCAACAUUUCACGUAGACACACUGUUCUUAAAGUGAUUUAUUUAUCAUCCUGUGUGGAGUUAAUCUUGCGCAACUGUUUUCCUGUCAUCCUACCUGGGAUAAUAAAAACAUAGAGCUAUGGUUGUUUUUAGUCAUCUGAGGAAUACCUAAAUCAAGCCGAUUUUACGUAACGUUGAGCAAAAUAUGAGGUGAGAUUUCAGAAAUGAUGCUGACAAAAUUAAGCAGGUUCUUUUUGAGGAUAUUACAAGGAAGUAAGGUAGACAAGCCAGUCAAGUUGUUAUUGAUAUAAUUUCAUUUACUAAAUUAAUUGAAAAAUCCUGCGAGUUAAGCUUCUCUCUGCCACUACCACAUUUUCAAAUUAAGAGUGCCGAUUCAUGAUGCACCUAUAAAUUGCAGAGAGAUGAAGGUAAGGUUUUGUGUCCAUGAAAGGCCGAGGGUAGGACCAAACGAAACGAAAAUAGAGGCUUAUCUCAGGUUUAUCGUGAGGUGGCUUGUGCACCCGAUCAGCAAAGAUUUUCUCGUUACUGUUAAUCCCAGUAAGAAGAAACUUGCUUUGGAUCACCACUAAUUUGUUUGAUAAAAGAGAAUUAGGGAUUUAGGGAUUCUAGUUUACAGACUGGACGAUUGCUCGAGAGAAGAGAUUUGUAAUUGUACUCAAGUACGUUCUUUUUGCACCCAAGGUCAUGUUGCGUGACAUGUACGCUUUUAAAGGAAAUUGACGUGUACUUUGUCAGUUAUAACAUUGACUGAAAUAAUUCAUAUCGUCAUAGCUGAAGGAUAUCCUUUUGUACCCGCACUGAAGCGAGUUCCGGAUGAACGGAGGAAAUUCUUUAAGUCUUUGCAUUGACCUCCCUGAUUCGGCGAUUUAUUACCUUUGAAUAACUAAAAAAAUUCCAACGUAAAUAUCGGUCAAUUUGGCAUUUUCGUCGAGCAGACAAAGAGCAACUCUUUGCAGGACAGGAAACAUUAUAGCGUACUUCCGGUAAUCCUUAACAGUUCAUCUUUUUCAGUAAGGUGCCGCAGAAAUAUUUGACAUUUUUAACCUAAAGAAAAAUUAAGGUGGUCAUAUAAUUGAAAGAAAACUUGCUUUUUUUAAAACCAAAGAAGGAGUAGCUAUUUUAUGCACCUAGUGAUAAGCUAAGUUUUUUUUUUCUGACACAAAAAAAUAAAGUUCAUUGAUAUCAAGUAUUUGAAUGAUAGGAAAUUUCCCAUUAAAUUUUAAGGACGUUUUUCUUGCAAAUUGUGCGCUGCUAGCUGGACCAAUAACCUUUAAAUGUUUGGGAGGAGGAAAAGAAAUCGAUGAUACUUUUCCUUAUUACUUAGUCUCUUAGGAAUUUUUUUAGUCAUUCAUAAAAAGUGUCUGUUUCCGUGACCGAUAAAUUGUCGGUUUCGCUGCACAAAAGAUUUUCUCUGUCGCGAGCUUUUCAUGCGCGCAAAUUGAAGUGUUCCAUUAAUAGACUGAUGUACUUUCUGGAGACAAAUGUUUGGCCCCACUUAUAUUUUUUGCAACAUUUCGAGAAAUUAGGAUUAAGUCCGCCCUUUUUAGCUCCGCCAACUUACAGCGAUUUAGUUGCAAUUUCAAUCGCGAAUCAAAGAGAAUGGAAGAAAAAAAUAUUAGAAGAAAUUUUCCUAUACGUUGCACGCACCCUUGUCACCGCAGCGCCAAAAAAUUCCGCACUCCAAAAGCUGCUAUUGCCGAUCGCGUGAGCAGUCUUAUCGGCGUAAAUGUUGCCGGUAAUAUACAGCCAUUAUGCCAUAUUUGGGCACAACCAUGUCAACGAAAAAGAAAUAGCGACCUGGUGGAAUUUAAACACGCUUAACAAUUCUCAAAUGACAUGCACGCCCUGUCUUAGUGGCAAAAAAUGUAGUUCUCGAAGCAUGUUUUGUUUCUAAGGAAAACACAACUUUUUUAAGUCGAUGACGGAAUAUUUUUUUAAAGCUGUAUGGCGCCCCACGUCUAAGGGCUCCUCCAGUGCGUAAUACAAGAUGGCGGCGAGGUAGUAUGACGUAGUCAACAUGUGACGUCACAAAAGAGAGCCUUAUUAACCUUUGUCGCUCUAGGGCAAUAUUGAAUUGUGUUCCAUCAAUCCAUCUGUUGUUCUCAGUGGUGGUUACCGUAAAUAGUUACUCAAGGGUGUAAUCGUAAUCAACACACUAUUUUGGUUUUCGAUAUCAACGGGAAUUUUAGUCAGUUGUUCGCUGUGGUCAAGGCGAUAGUGCAUCGUAAGGACAGAUCGCUAGCUUGACACGCGAGAAACAAAAAAAGGAACCCGCCUAGGACAUCUUUACAGAGGUGAAUAGUGCGUUUGCUGACUUUUUUUUUCUAAUCUCUUUGUCUGUGUUUGAGUUUUUUUAAUUAUUCAGGGCUUAUUGCGUGUAGAAAAACAAGUCUGCGGUGGUGUAACUCAAGUGAAACUUGUUAUGCGCAAAGGCGAUCUAAGGUUAAAAUCGGCGAAGUUACGGGGCAAAGUGUGGAUUUGAUGCUCACUGUAACUUAUUACGUUUUUGUCGUUAUUUCAGAUGCCUGAAUUCACGCGAGAUAACUGUGCGCCCUUGGGGCAGGAAUUUUUUGAUUCGAUGGACCGUGUAGACGAAGGUGCAUUAGCGAGACUUAUAGUGGAGAUGCAGCUUAAUAAACUACAGGACUUGCCAGAUCUUCGCACGUUAUUCUUCAGAAGAAAACAACAGCAAAUGAAUUACGUUGCGUCGCAGUACGGUAGGAUUCCAGCUUACAGAGCCGUACAGCAACAAUAUACACCCGUGCGAGGAAAGCCAUGGGCUAUGCACGCUUGAAAUUUCACGGUUGGUUGUCAAGGAACUAUGCUCUCUAGAGUGACCUUACAAAGCUGAAAUGACAGAUAUGAUGUAUAUAGAACGAAGAGACAGUAUUUAUGUGGAAGAGAAAUCACAUGUAACACUACAGCGGGACUGUACUGUUCGUUGCCAGCACGCAGAACUUAAUUAUGCAUCGACAAACCGAUAUCUUCUUCCAGGAGAAAAACACAGAUAUCUGUGCGUGAUUCAAGGGCCAUUUUAAAAAUUAAAUUUCUUAAAUCUCUAACAUAAUAUUCCUAGAUGAGACCGCAGAGAGGACAAAGGGCUCUACUUCGAAUAUUCAAAUAUCGCUUAGAUUAAACACAACGAAUAUAAUUUUUCAGUAAACGCCUUUGUUUCUUAAGAAAAAAAAAGCCGGUAAAAAACAUCGCUAUGUACAGAAAAAGCAAUUAAUUUAAAGACCGUAUUUUUGUGAAGUUCGAGAAAAAAAGUUAUGAAAGGAAAUUAAGAACCAAGCACACUCAACAAAAUUCAUUAAGUUUGGUAAUAUUCUCAUGUGCGUGACAAAAAAGAAGAAAUUAUUUACAGAUGUAAAUUUAAGUAAGAUUUGUAUAUAGCCGAAUAGAAAUUAAAAAAGAUUUGCAUAAAACUGAACUGUACGCAGCUGCCUUCCAUUGUAACCGAACAAGACUCCCUUCAAUCGCUUUUUAAAUUAAGCCUGUGUGGUUUGAACGAGCCAACGUGGGCAGAUGAUUUCAGGGCUAAACAUAUUGAGAAAUACUUUUAGCCCAGAAAAAAAAAAAAUCCUUAAUGGAGUGCUAAUUUAAUAUAAAGACCAUAGACACCCUCGUAUCGUGAAUUGGUGGUCUCCUGGUUCACUUUAGGAUCGAGAUUAUUUGCAAGCAUUUUGAACGUCGAUUCAUUUUAUUUUAUUGGCACUGGAAGGAGUUAACAUUUUUAAAACAAAAAAUACUGAGCUACGGUUUAUUUCCGAGCACCAUGAAUGACAAAGCAGUUGUUAUACAGAGUUGUUCGGGACACUCGUAAACUAACAAUGCAUGCACUCAAUGGAAGAAAAUCAUUUGCAACGCUCCAUAGAGUCGCGCAUUGUUGGUGGAUUUUAAAAUCUUGGAAAAUCUAACAGCUCGGUUAGAUUUCUAAAGAGAGGUGACCUGUGCCAGCUCAAAGCGGGCCGAUAUUGUGGUCAAUGUAUCGGCUAUCAAAGCCUCAGUGGCACGCAUUUUUUCGUGUCCGCUAGGGCUGUCAUUUUGAAAGAGUCUUGAAACGCCUGACCUCGCUGAGACAAUUAAUCUUAUACAGAGCCUUUCUUUCGUUUGUCAAUUUUUUUUCUAAGCCGUCAGUUUGGAAAGUAAUAAAAACGCCAGGACAAUUAAUUCUGCAUUAAGAAGGGCGCUUAUCAAAAUAGGUC